CCUAUUGAUACGGCACACGUAUUUCUCAUUCGUAAACAUGAGGGGUUAUUUUUGAACAACUUUUACAGUUGAAAUCGAACCCAAAAACUGGCUAUCAACAGGCUGGUCUAGCUAUUUCCCAAGAUCUCCUCAAAUUCAAACAUCUUCAGUGAUUUCUUCAAAUCAAACUCACGAAACUCGAAUUGAACUAAGAACAAAUCACAGGAACAAUGAGUGUAAUCGAAAUUCUAACUCGAGUUGAUGCAAUUUGCAAGAAAUACGACAAAUACGACGUCGAAAAGCAGAGAGAUCUCAACAUCUCCGGUGACGACGCCUUCGCUAGGCUCUACGCCACCGUAGAAUCCGACAUUGAAACCGCUCUUCAGAAAGCGGAGACAGCUAAGAAUGAGAAAAAUAGAGCUUCUGUGGUGGCGAUUAAUGCGGAGAUACGACGCACUAAGGCUAAGUUACUGGAAGAAGUUCCUAAGUUGCAGCGAUUGGCUAUGAAGAAGGUGAAAGGACUUGCCCCGGAAGAGUUUGCAGCUCGUAAUGAUUUGGUUCAGGCACUUCCUGAUAGGAUUCAGGCAAUACCUGAUGGGGGUGCUGCUGCACCCAAACAGACCGGAGGUUGGGCUGCGUCAGCAUCUCGUACGAAUAAUAUCAAGUUUGAUUCAGAUGGACGAUUUGACGAUGAAUACUUCCAGCAAAGUGAAGAGUCAAGCCAGUUCAGGAAUGAAUAUGAAAUGAGAAAGAUGAAGCAGGAUCAAGGCUUGGAUAUGAUAUCAGAAGGUCUAGAUACUUUGAAAAACAUGGCACAGGAUAUGAACGAGGAAGUAGACAGACAGGUUCCAUUGAUGGAUGAAAUAGAUGACAAGGUGGAUAAGGCGACUUCAGACCUUAGGAAUACGAAUGUUAGACUUAAGCACACUGUUCAUCAGCUGAGGUCUAGUCGAAACUUCUGUAUUGAUAUUAUAUUACUGUGUAUAAUUCUGGGAAUUGCAGCCUACUUAUACAACGUUUUGAAGUGAAAAUUUGUGAAGGUAAUGAAAUUUGCAUUCAAUGUACACCUUUGAUGAUCAACUUAUGCUUUAUAUGUUCAUUACACAACUUAUUUCUAUCAUUUUCAAGUAUAAUAACAUAUAUCGUUUCCACUUAUUUGCA